GCCUGGACUAGUCACGUGGGGACGGUGCGCGCUGAGUGCGGCUGCGCCGGCCGGUAGCUGCAGCUGGAGCGGUGGCGUUUGGAGGAGACUCGGAUAUACCUUCUCAGAAGCUGCACAGGAGGAAAGCAGUGACAAAGAAAGAAGUUGUCAUUCUUUGCACGAAACUGGAUGGCUUCUACAGGGAGCCAGGCCUCUGAUAUAGACGAGAUUUUUGGAUUCUUCAGUGAUGGCGAACCCCCCACCAAAAAGCCCAGGAAGCUGCUUCCAAGCUUAAAAACUAAGAAGCCUCGAGAACUUGUGCUAGUGAUUGGAACAGGCAUUAGUGCUGCAGUUGCGCCUCAAGUUCCAGCUCUCAAAUCCUGGAAAGGGUUAAUUCAGGCCUUACUGGAUGCUGCCAUUGAUUUUGAUCUUUUAGAAGAUGAGGAGAGCAAAAAGUUUCAGAAAUGUCUCCAUGAAGACAAGAACCUGGUCCAUGUUGCCCAUGACCUUAUCCAGAAACUCUCUCCUCGUACCAGUAAUGUUCGAUCCACAUUUUUCAAGGACUGUUUAUAUGAAGUAUUUGAUGACUUGGAGUCAAAGAUGGAAGAUUCUGGAAAACAGCUACUUCAGUCAGUUCUCCACCUGAUGGAAAAUGGAGCCCUCGUAUUAACUACAAAUUUUGAUAAUCUCCUGGAACUGUAUGCAGCAGAUCAGGGGAAACAGCUUGAAUCCCUUGACCUUACUGAUGAGAAAAAGGUCCUAGAGUGGGCUCAGGAGAAGCGGAAGCUGAGCGUGUUGCAUAUUCAUGGAGUCUACACCAACCCUAGUGGCAUUGUCCUUCAUCCAGCUGGAUAUCAGAACGUGCUCAGGAACACUGAAGUCAUGAGAGAGAUUCAGAAACUCUACGAAAACAAGUCAUUUCUUUUCCUGGGCUGCGGCUGGACUGUGGAUGACACCACUUUCCAGGCCCUUUUCUUGGAGGCGGUCAAGCAUAAAUCUGACCUAGAACAUUUCAUGCUGGUUCGGAGAGGAGACGUCGAUGAGUUCAAAAAGCUUCGAGAAAACAUGCUGGACAAGGGGAUUAAAGUCAUCUCCUAUGGAGAUGACUAUGCCGAUCUUCCAGAAUAUUUCAAGCGACUGACAUGUGAGAUCUCCACAAGGGGUAGAUCAGCAGGGAUGGUGAGAGAAGGUCAGCUAAAUGGCUCAUCUGCAGCACACAGUGAAAUAAGAGCCUGUAGUACAUGAGCGAGCUAGAGAAAUCACCACCGUUUAGACCAAGCUGUAAGGCCUUACCACGGACAGCGUUUAACAAGUAAACUUAGAAGAACCCAACACAACUCCCAGAAAGUAACAAUAGCCAGAGGUUGAAGGGCAGGGUAGAAGAGAGGGGAAUGUUCCAGCGUAAUCCGUCAUACCACCUGGUUCUUGAUAUUCUGCUGCCUGUUCAAGUUCAAGAAUAAAAGUGACAGCAGGACCCAAAUGCAGCUCCCAACCCACUCCCCAGGCUGGACAUGCUUGUGUCCACACAGCACACUAAUGUGAUACCUCCACUGACUGGCUGCAGCUCUGCAUGAAGGACUUGGGGUCUAGAUGCCAUGGAAUCACUGUGGCUCUUGUUGCAGUUUUGUACUCUAUACUUGGUUUUUCAAUUAAGCUUAAUGGCUUUUUUAAAACAUGACUUGAAGCUCUAGUUUUCUAGAUCUUUUACAGUGUACAGUAUUUUACAUAACUGAGCUGUAUUAAAAGCUUGUUCAUUUACUUGCCAGGA